AUGUGCAGCUACCGACCAGCUACCCUCCUGCUCUGCUGCUUGAUCGCGGCAUCUUUGCUAGCAUGUGGCGCCCUCCCGCUCUUUGGAUCACGACCGAAAGAGGCAGAGGAUCCAGGCUCUCGCACAGAGGAGCCCCAUGGGGAGGCCAUGGGGGGGUUUGACGCUGGUCAGGACGAGUAUCACUACGAGGACCACUAUCCUAUGGAAGACUACGACUAUGAUUACACUGGCAUGAGAGACUUCCACGACUUCGAGCAUUUCAACCGUGAGAAUGGCUCUGAGCACCACGGCGACCCCAGUCUGAUCAACGAUAUGCUGUGGGAUCAUUACCACCUCAACGACCCGACGUUGGGAGCUGCUGAGGAGUGGGAGAACUUCCGUCACUUCGACACAGACGACAAUGGUAAAGUGUCCGAGCACGAGUUUCUUCAACGCAUGGAGCCGGACUACAACUCGACAAAGUUCUCUGAAGACGAGAUGAUGAAGGACGUGGUGAAUCGAUGGAGGGCUGAAUUCACCGACAACGACCUGAACCACGAUGGUUAUCUCGAUUGGGAGGAAUGGAAAAAGAUGCUGUUCCAUGACAUCCCACAAGAGGCGGACUGGGUGGACGGCAGGAGGCAAGGCUCGGUGGCAGAGUCGCUGGAAAACAUCCUCCUCCUCAGCUUUGACGAGGGAGACGUCAACAACGACGGGGAGCUGACUGAGAAGGAGCUGGUCAAUGUGCUGAAAGAAGCUCACCGCCGCCAUGAGCAGCUCUUGACGGAGGAGGGAGGGGGUCAGGAGCACAGGCUUCCAACAGUGAAGGCUGACGAUUUCGAGCAACUGUCGAAGACGGUCCUCGCAGAUCUCGACAAGGACGGCUCAAAGUCACUCAACGCCUACGAGUGGCUCGAGUAUGGCAGAGACUCGAUGAAGGCAGAGAGGACUUGA